AUGAGCGAAGUCGAAACGCGCCAAAUAGGAUUUUCCGUAACAAAGCUCAUGCGCACCGGAAAGUCUUACGUUUAUUUCGCGCCAUCCGCUGCCUCGACCAACCGAAAUUUGCCGCCUAAAAUCCUACGACCAAUCAAACGAGUGGCCGCCAUUUUCCACCAAUGGGCGUCGAUCCCGCGUUCUCGCCAUCGCGUCAUUGUCAUAUCUCGAAAAUUAGUACAGCAGUGCAGUGAACCCCGACGGUUAAUUGACGAUUUUUCCGUGAAUUUUACAAUAUUUAUCAAAAGGCGAAGAGCGUCGCGAAUGCGAUCGGGAAGUGCGUUCGGCCUGUGUUCGGCUGUGCAAUUGGACUCCGUUUCGAAGAUGUCUGCUUUGAGUGUGAGGGCACCGGGCCUGCAGGCGACAACGGUCUUGGACACCAGGUCGCUCAGAGUGCGCGGCGUCACCGCGCUAGACGGUGUCCGGAGGAAUCUCUUCGGUUGCACCGACAGGGAGGAGAACAGAAGAUUCGUCGAGAGGGAAUUGGCAAGACAGCUGGAACUGGACAGCCAAAGAUGGGGUUUCGAUUUCUCCAACGAGAAACCACUGCCGGGAGCGCAGAGAUUCGCAUGGCAACUGGUGCCCGCGUCAACAGUGCCAGCGGCUCUCAGAAGAUCGCCGAUAACCAUAAGCGCACCGAAACCAAGUACACCAUCACAAGAGACGCAGGUAUCGAGUCCGGAGAGCAGCAAAACGCAAAAAAGAAUAACAGACUUCCUGAAGCCGCGCAAGAGACUCGCCGGCAGCGGGAAGAAGUCGCCCUCCGUCCACAAGCACGAGUGCGGCCACGGGGCCCACAUACGCCCGCCGAAGGUGGCGCGCCUAACCCAGACCCACUUCAAGCGCCCCAGC